GUCAGACAGGAAGCCGGCGACUAAAUCAGAGAACGAAACCCAAUGGAUUUUCCAGUUCGAAGAAAAGGCAAGCCAAACAAGGGAGGAGGUGGCAAGAGACAAGGUGGAGGAAGAGGUGGCGGUAGCAAACGAGGACGGUCUAGGCCACAAGCUGGUGGAGGUGGAGGUGGAGGUGGAGGAGGUGGAGGUGGAAGCAGGAAAUGUUCGAGCAAAGCAUGGGAUGAAGGAGAUGACGUCUGUUUCUCUAGUAGACCAAUGAGGACAUUAAAUUGCCAGCAGCCCAGCAGAUUGAGCUCAAGGCCACGCAGUAAUCCUGUUGCUAGUACACCGCUUCAGACUCUUCACAUGACCACUGAGAACCAAGAAAGAGUGAAAGCACUUUUGCGUGAUCUCCAAGGGCAGGAUCUGGAUGCAGAGAUUGAUGAUGUGGGAUCAGAAGUUGAAGAUCAGUAUGAUUGCCUUGGCUCCGAAGAUGAAGAUAAAGGAAAUAGUGAUGAAGAGGAGGAGGAGGAGGAAAGUUUUAAUUAUUGGUCUUCGCAUCCUGAAUUGCAAGAAGCAGAGAAUCUGUCCCCAGGAACUCCUGUUGGAUUGCUGCCAGAAGCUGUUAUUUCCCCUUUUGCUGUAGGGAAAUUGUCCAGGUAUGGUUUUGACAAGGAAAGGUGCAUGAAUACACUAAGGUCCCAUGACAGUGAUGUGGGAGUGUCGUUGGAGUAUUUACUACAACAGUGCCUCUCUGAAACUUUUGGAAUAAGAACAAAAACACAGAGGAUGGCAUCUGAUUUUACAGUGGAAGAAUGCCUUGAGCGGAGGCAGGAAGAAGCUUUUGUACUCCAGUCAAUUUGUGGAGAGAAAUUUGUUGAGCGAAUACCAAACAAAGUAUGGACAGUUGGACUUGAGAUGGACUAUCUGACAAAAAGGCUGCAGAAACCUAAAAAGAAAGACAGUGACAAGGAUUUGUUUCAACAAAUGCCUAGAAAUAUCUGCAAGUAUUAUAUGAAAGGGGAAAACUGCAGGUUUGGCUCAAAGUGCAGGUUUAAGCAUGAAGCGCCUAAACAAAAUUUUAAGGAUGAAUCACAUCUCUGUGCCAAUGGGAAUAACAACUGUCUCUAUGAACUAGAAGUUAGAUUUCCGAAAGAUAACAAAUACCCUUAUCAAGCUCCUUUAUUAGCAUUUUAUUCUGUUAAUGAGAAUCUCUCAAUGGGCUGCCGUUUGCACAUUACUGAGUACCUCUAUGAAAAAGCCUUAAAUAUUGCUCAAACCAGUGACCCUGCUGUUUACACACUUGUGAGCUGUCUGGAAGAUGAGGAUGAAAUUGUUAAAUUACUUGCCAAUACUCAUCACAAAUAUAGUAUUCCUCCACCUCUACUCCUAACAGCAACCUCUGACACCAGAAAAAACCCUGUAAUAACCAUAAAUAAACCUGUUGCUCCAGAUAAACCAUCAUUGCUUUCUUAUCCCUCAGGAGCCAGGAAAGAGCAGAAACCAAUUAAAAUGGACAUAAGUAAACCAAAUGAUACAGAUGAAGAUAGUCUGGAUGAUCUUGAAUCAGAGUCUGUUUUGGUUGAAAAUGAAAGCUAUGCAAAUUUGAAGAAAAAGCAAGCCAAGAAGUACAGUUUUAACUCUAAUAAAGCAGUGGCUGCUGAGAAUGCCAAGAUCUGCAAGCACUACCGUGCCAAGAAGACCACCAGAAAUUAUCAGUCAAUGCUUGAAGAGAGGCAAAAGCUGCCAGCAUGGCAGAAACAAGACCAGAUCCUUGAGCUGCUUUCAAAAUACCAGGUUCUGGUUGUGAGUGGGAUGACUGGGUGUGGUAAGACAACACAGAUCCCCCAGUUUAUAUUAGAUGCUUCACUUAAAGGGCCUCCCAGCCAUGUGUCCAACAUUAUAUGUACACAACCUCGCAGGAUCUCUGCCAUCUCUGUGGCUGAACGUGUGGCGCAGGAGAGAGCAGAGAGAGUUGGAAUCUCAGUUGGCUAUCAGAUAAGACUUGAAAGUGUUAAGUCAGCAGCAACCAGACUACUGUACUGCACUACAGGUGUGCUUCUUAGGCGACUGGAAGGUGACACCACUCUUCAAAAUGUUACUCAUGUUGUUGUGGAUGAGGUCCAUGAGCGAACAGAAGAAAGUGACUUCCUUCUGCUGGUAUUGAAAGAUGUCAUGGUUCUAAGACCUGACCUAAAAAUUAUCCUCAUGAGUGCCACCUUGAAUGCUGAGCUGUUCUCCUGCUAUUUUCAGGAUUGUCCAGUUUUACAUAUACCAGGUCGUACCUUUCCAGUUGACCAGUAUUUUCUAGAAGAUGCUAUUGCCAAAACAAGAUACGUGCUAGAAGAUGGCAGCCCAUAUCAACGUUCCUCAAAGCAGUUGCCAGGACCGGACUCUGCAAGAGGGAAGAAGGGAAAUUCCUAUAAUGAAUUGUUAGAUGAACUGGAGCAACAAAUAAGUUCUUCCCUGCGAAUUCAGGACUCUAAGAUUGUUAAGGAUUCAGUGCCAGACCAACAGUUGAAUGUUAAAGAGCUUUCUGUUCGCUAUAAUGGUAUCAGCAAGUCUGUUAUCAAAACACUCUCCUCCAUGGAUCUGGAUAAAAUCAACCUAGAUUUGAUUGAAGCUUUACUAGAAUGGAUAGUAAAUGGAGACCAUUCUUAUCCACCAGGUGCUGUUCUGGUGUUUUUGCCAGGCCUAGCUGAAAUUAAGACGCUGUAUGAUCAACUGCAGUCAAAUGCGCUGUUCAAUAAUAGACGCAGUAAGAGAUGUGUUAUCUACCCUCUGCACUCAUCCCUAUCAAGUGACGAACAGCAGUCUGUGUUCCUAAAGCCCCCUCCAGGAGUUACCAAGAUUAUCAUCUCCACCAACAUUGCAGAAACCUCCAUAACUAUUGAUGAUGUUGUGUAUGUCAUAGACUCUGGAAAAAUGCGUGAGAAAAGAUAUGAUCCUGGUAAAAGUAUGGAAAGUCUUGAGGACACAUGGGUAUCUCGAGCCAAUGCCAUGCAGAGAAAAGGAAGAGCUGGUCGUGUGGCUUCUGGUGUCUGCUUUCACCUUUUCACUAGUCACCACUAUCAGUAUCAGCUUUUGGACCAGCAGCUUCCAGAGAUACAGAGAAUUCCAUUGGAACAGCUGUGUUUAAGGAUAAAAAUUUUGGAAAUGUUUUCCGAGUGCCGCCUUGAUUUAGUCUUUGCUCGCUUAAUCGAACCUCCUCGAAUGGAGUCCCUUCAUGCUUCAAAAAUACGACUUCAAGACCUUGGGGCCUUAACAAAGGAGGAGAAACUUACACCUCUGGGAUAUCAUUUAGCUUCCCUACCAGUUGAUGUGAGAAUAGGAAAACUGAUGCUCUUUGGGGCUAUCUUCCGAUGCCUUGACCCUGCCCUCACUAUUGCUGCUAGCCUGGCCUUUAAAUCUCCCUUUGUGUGUCCCUGGGAUAAAAAGGAAGAGGCUAACAAAAAAAAGCAAGAAUUUGCCACAGCAAACAGUGACCAUUUGGCACUUCUCCAAGCUUAUCAGGCAUGGAGUUCUGUUAUUAAGGAGAGCUCACGGGCUGCUUACCAAUAUUGUAGAGACAAUUUCUUGUCUGUCAGAGUACUACAGGAAAUUGCCAGCUUGAAA